AUGGGUCUCCUGCCCAGCUUCAAGCAAAAAUAUGUACCACUUCUCAACAGCUCUUUGCUUGGCAACUCUCAGCAACCAAAGUCUCCUCUGAAACGUUGGAUCCUCAUUGUUCUCUUUGCUUGGUGGAAUGUCAUACUUGUCGGCUGGGGCCUCUACUGCUUCAAGGCAUACAUCAACUCGAAAAAUCCCGCCAUAGUACCCGUGUCGUGCGACUGCGGCGCGACUAUCGAAGAAGCCGUCUCAAAGGGCUGCAAGUACGAUGCUCUCUCGGUUUCGUGGCUGCCGCCGCAGUGCCGUGAUGAUGAACUCACGUUUGAGUUCAACAAAGCUGGGCCCGGCGGCGAGUGGCUCUACUGGGCGGACCGGAACAUGACCCAGCCAUUGACGCUCAAUAAAAUUGGGGCUUUGGCUGAUAAGCCCAUCCAAGAUGCGCAAUUUUGGACUACAUUUGGUUGGCAUAUCAGCCAUUGCUCUUUCUACUGGAGGAAGGAACAUAGGAUGAGGGACAGAGGUGUGGAGGUUGAGCACCGGUAUGAUCGGGAGAGUCACAUCAAGCACUGCCACACGGCGUUUAUGGCAAGAACUCCGUUGAACGAGACCAAUACCAAGGCGGCUGUGGGCUUAGGAGGAGACAAAGUCGGCGGAGUCAGGACGGAAGAGCAGACAAAACAUGAGCAUGUGCACAAUGGGCACGAAGGAGAGCAUCACGACUGA